CGGUUAAAGAAACGUAAAACUUUAUUUAUUUUAGUAUAUUAUACAUAUUUAAACAUCUAUAUCAAAAUGCGUGUGCCGUUGUGCUUUUUAGCGGUAGCUUGCUUUAUCGCCGGCGUGUGCGCAGGAAAGCUUCCACCGUUCAUCAAAGCCUGUUCAGGAUCAGACCCAAAACUCAAUCAAUGCAUAGAGUCCGCUAUCACCGCCGCCGGAGAAAAGUUUGCUCAUGGCAUCCCAGAACUGGGCAUCAAACCCUUGGACCCUGCGGAACUGGGUAGAAUUGUUGUUAACAAUCCCGCCUUGAAAAUUGUCUUGGAAGACACCGUUGUGACUGGAUUAGGAGGAUUCAGGAUUAAUGCCUUUAAGAUGAACCUAGAAAAGGGUAAAGCCGUCCUGGAUUUCACAGCCAAUGUGACUUUGAAGGCAAAUUAUGAUAUGGACGGAAAAGUGCUUGUCUUGCCAAUCAAGGGCAACGGCCAGGCCAAGAUCAAGAUCACAAACCUUCGUAUUGUGAUCAAAUACGAUUUCAAAACAGUCGACGGUUACUGGACUGUCACCGAUCACAAGGACAGCUAUAAGAUGGACCGAGCACAGUUCAAGUUUACCAACUUAUUCAACGGAAACAAGGAUCUCGCUGACACAACAAUCAAAUUCUUUAACGAAAAUUGGGACAUUAUAAUGAACGAAAUAGCUCCACCAGCCAUGGAUCAAGUAAUUGCAGCGUGUAUUGAAGAAGUUAGGAAACUGUUUCAGACAGUACCCGCAAAUGAAUUGCUAUCCCAGUGAAUGCCGACUCAAUUGAUGCGGUGAUCAACGAGCACUGGGAACCGGUGAUCAGAGACAUCGCACCCACCGCUUUCGACACAAUCAUCAAUGCGUGUGUAAAUGAAGCAAAGAAACUAUUCGCCUCUAUUCCAGCCAACCAACUUCUUCUAUCAUAAAACAUAUACUACAUUUCUCCAAUUUUACAAGUAAAUUUUAACUCUUUUGAAGUUAAGGAUUAAGGGUUAUAUUUUUGUACAAAUUGUCAAGAAGCAGAUAAUAGUAUUAUUUCUAAUGCUUGCAGCAAUUUAAUACCAAAUGCUUGCUGAAUGCUCAUAUUAUUUCUAUUGGGUUCCGUUGUAUAAAAUUGGUUUAAGCUGAUCCACGUUUUUUUAAUAAUAAAUAGUAUGAACCCAGUGGCUCAACGAUAGAGGUGUCGGGAACUAAUUUGCAAUAAUACAAAUACUCGACCUCAGAGUUUAAGCUGUCUUGAUUCAAUUUAUUUGGUUAUUUAAAUUAAUAUAUAAAUUAUUAAAUAAAAUUAUCAUUGUAAUUUGAUACGUUAUGCUAACGCGAAUAAAUAGUCUUACUUAAUAUCCAAUACCAAGAUUGUAGCAAUAUUCCGAAACAAUAUCGUAAUUUCCUAGCGGAUUCUAAAAACUAACCGCAAUUCCUUAUGCACCUAUAACCUAGUAAAUAUGUAGUACGAAAAAUAAAAGAAAAUUUCGUCUCUGUUUUCAUUUUGACGUAUCGAACUUUAAAUUAUAGAUAAAUAUAUUAUAUACCGUUUUCAUAGAUAUUAUAAUUUUGUUGAAAUAAUAACACAUCUACUAAUGAAAACGACAAUUCAUAAUAUAUUUUAUACGUAGGUAUGUAUCUAUUGUGAUUAGAAACAGUUAUAUCUUUCCAAUAAUAUCCAAAUUUUUAUUAUUUAUUACUUUGGUUAUUUUAUUACAAUUUUAAUUCAUUACAAUUGGUGUUGGUAAUACUAAGAUAACCCUAAUGACCUUAUUCAUAAUGAAUAACACACAUAUUAAUAAAUGUUUUGUCUUUGUUUUACCAAGGGCAUAUCAAAUUAUAAAAGAAAGAAACAAAGUAUGCUCUAUGUAAAAGAUUUGAAAUUGAAAUGUAAUAUAAAAAUAUAUUUUGGUAUGAUCUUGGUAAUACUUCAGAGAAAAAAAAAACAUAACUUGAAAUUUUUCUUAUUAUCUAGAUAACACAUGAUUUUGUUCAAAAUAAAAAUUUGUUAGUUGUUUUCAACUUGUUCAAGACUACCAUGGCCAAGAAUUUUAUCUCUGUUUGCAAAUAGUUCAACACUAAUAAUAAGACAUUGUGAUAAUUAUAUUUAAGUUAAUGAUGUUAAGAAAUGUGCAAUAAAUACAACAUUUCAA